CUUCUUUCCCUUUCCCCUCUACAUACACCCGUCGCUCGUCGUUGAUGCUAUUCCCAUUCUUAGCAUUUCCUCUUUUGGUCAUUCUUAUAGUCGAGCCCGACUCUCUCACCCGUCAACAGCCAACAGACAAGUCCCACUUUCCCCACAAUGGCUGCCUCGUCUAAACUUCUCAACGCCGCCGUUGGUGUCGCCGUUGCUGCCUACCUGGAUGCAAAACAUGGUAUCGGCGCAGACCUUCACCUCGCUCGUGCCAUUGGCACCGCUUCCAUCAAGCACAAACUUCGCAGCCUCCGCAGUCGUCCCUCUCUUUGGCACUUCUUCCACGACACUGCGCAAAAGUAUCCCAAUGACAUCUGCUACAUUUACGCGGGAAAGUCGUGGUCCUGGAAAGAUGUGGAGAUUGAAUCGCGGAGGAUUGCCAACUAUCUCAUCUCCCUCGACCUUCAAUCAGGCGACCGCAUCGCUAUUUUCAUGGGCAACAGCGCUAGCUUCGUGAUCCUUUGGCUUGCCUGCCUUUCUGCCAACAUUGUGCCGGCUUUCAUCAACACUAGUCUCACUGGAAAGGGUCUUGAGCAUUGCAUCAAUAUAUCGAAAGCCAAGGCGGUCAUUUUUGAGCCGGAACUUGAGUCUGCCCUCGCAGAAGUGAAACACACUCUUGCUAGCAGCAUUGCUCACUACGUUCGCUUCGACGAUGGAGUCAGGUACCCCAGCGAAAAAUCUGGCUCUCCUGCAUCACGGAUUGCGAACGCCCUCGAUGUCAACUUCCAGAUACUCAGCGGUCACAGUACUAAGGAAAUUCCUGAGCAACGCCGCACCCCCGUCACCGAAGCUAGUCCCGCCGCUUUGAUCUACACUUCAGGCACCACUGGACUUCCCAAGGCUGCGCUCUGUUCGCACGGGAGAAUGGGAGUCGCAGUCGUCAUGUGGCCAUCUCUCAAUGAAUGGAAGCGCAGCGACCGUAUCUACACCCCCAUGCCGCUCUACCACAGCUCUGCCGCCUUCCUAUGCGUGGCUGCCUCUUGGUACGGCAGUUCCACAGUCAUCAUCGGUCGGAAGUUUAGCGCUACUCGAUUCUGGGACGAAGUGCGUGCAAACAAUGCUACAGUUAUACAAUACAUUGGCGAAAUCUGCAGAUAUCUCCUUGCGGUACCGCCAAGGGCCGAUGACAAGGACCACAACGUCAGGAUGGCUUAUGGCAACGGCAUGCGGCCCGAUGUAUGGAACAGAUUCAGGGACCGCUUCGGAGUUCCCAUCAUCUCAGAAUUCUACGCCAGCAGCGAAGGCAAUGGUGCAUUGGUGAACUACAACUCCGGUCCUUUCGGUAGCGGAGGAGUCGGUCGGUUCGCAAAACUUGCCAGCAGAGCCGUCCCUGACUACAAGAUCAUUCGCGUGGACCCCAUCUCGGAAGACAUUUACCGUGACCCCAAGACCGGGCUGUGUGUGGAAUGCGCUCCUGGCGAAUCUGGCGAGUUCUGCGCUAGGAUCGUCACUUCGAAACCGCACGCACAGUUCCAAGGCUAUGCGGACAACGUGGCCGCAACCCAAAAGAAAAUUGCCGUCGACGUUCUUCAGAAAGGCGAUGCUUGGUUCAGGUCCGGAGAUCUAAUGAAGAAGGAUGCCGACGGUUUCUUCUGGUUCGGCGAUCGCAUGGGUGACACUUUCAGAUGGAGGUCAGAAAACGUCAGUACGGCGGAGGUCAGCGCUGCACUGGGAGAGAUUCUCGAAGAAGCGAAUGUCUACGGUGUGCUCGUCCCUUCGCACGACGGCAGGGCGGGCUGCGCUGCCAUCCCCGUCAGCGCCACCAAGGCGAUCGACUACAAGAAGUUGGCCUCCCACGCAAGGUCGCGCCUGCCAAAAUACGCAGUACCGCUCUUUCUACGUGUCGUACCCGCCAUAGAAGCCACAGGAACCGUCAAGCAGUUGAAGGGAAAUCUGCGCAACGAAGGAAUCGACCCUACCAAGGUCGGCACUGACCCGCUCUUCUGGCUGCCCCCCGGUUCAGAUGCGUACAAGCCUUUUACCCACAAGGACUUCAAAGACCUCAAAGCUGGCCUCGUCAAGCUUUAGUUUUAGCUCUUCGCCUCCC